CAAAAUCAACAAACCGCAAUUUCACCAUGAAUGCCUGCUUUAUUACGGUUUUUCUCAUCGUUGCUACCAAAGAGAUCUUAGGAAAGAAGAACUUAACCAAUAGUGAGGAUGUUCAAGCGGACUGCAAAGGUAAGAAGAAGCUUUAUUGUGGACUAAAACUGUAAACCUUUAAAACCUCCAGCAAAGGUGGGUAUCAACUUCAGAAACCCCCUAGUAGAAUGGCAAAUAAGAACUUAAUCUAAGUUCUUUUUUAAUGCUAUUUAAUCUUUCUAACGUAAGGUAUAUUUUUAAAAAUCAUUUUAUAACCGCUGAAUGAAGAUUUUAAUUCAUUUUUAAUAACAAAGAAAAAUUGCAAGAAGUGGGUACGACGAUUGUCUCCCCACGGAUCAAAAUAGAUAGAUCUUUUCUACAUCAAAAUACUAAAACAAACAAUGUCUGCAACAAACGGAUGGAAGGGAAGAAAAAAGCGGCUUUUUGAAAGAAAGAAGGCCUUAAAAAAAGAAGCAACCCCACUGAAGAAUGCAUGAACUGGGGCGGAUUAAAAUUUCCCAAAUUUGAUGUCAAGAGACUCAAAAGAGACGUUCUUCAGUUUUCGCAAUUAUGGCCUGACAUUCAUUAAUAAUUGUAAGAGCUAAGUUCGCUUCCAACUAAAACUGCGUCAAAACUCUUGCGUCAUUUGAUCAGCAUUCCAACUUAGAAGUUCGAGAAAGAGAUGCCGAAAUAUUCGAAUAAGAAUUUUGGUCGCAUCCGCUUUGCCUUUUGUCUACUUUUUCUAUGGCGUGAGGUGUGGUAUGACUUAGAUUGAAUAUCCCUUGUCGCAGUUUGAAACAUUUACAUUAAAAACAAACGAUGGGAUUAUUUUUUUCAGAGUUUCAACUUGACCUCAAACGCAUCAAAUUUGAAUCGGCUCCUUACAGAACAAAUUUUCAUACUGCCUUUUUAAAAAUUUCUUUGCAGUUUUGGCUAAAAUAACCAUUGGAGUCCAUAGUUUUUCAUUAUUUUUUUUUUCAAAGCGGGCAUCGCGUUGAGUAUACGGUACAAGACUGCAUAAUUUGGUCCUUUUAUGGCUUUCGACUUCCUUUUGACGUUUUCAUUUUACGAAAACAAAGGGGAAAACAACGUAAACUGACACUCUUUAGUAAACUCAACUGACACCCAAUGAAUGGUUUGCUAUUUAUUCAACGAAGAGGGCUUUAUAUCUUAUGGGGAUAACACCCCACACUGACUCUCAGAAAUUCUAAAUAAAUCAACUACUAAUCCCCACAUGCCUUAUAUGAAAAUAAACUUACAUGUAAAUUGAACUUUAAUUUCGUGUUACAAACAGACAAAGUCUACCCCAAAAUCGUUUGGAUGUAAGUCCGUCGUUGUCGUUGUUGUUUCAAGGAAACUGGUUUGGGCCUGCUGUUAUUAAUCAAAUCGAAGCAUUUGUCCCGGGGGGUGGGACUCCGCAUAUGAAAGGGGUGGGGAUGCUCGUCGUCUCGCUUAGGGGUGUAGAUUUGGGAUUUUGGUCUCGCUUAGGGUGUUCUGGGCAAAACACCAUCAUAUUUAGCCGUGAAGGUCUCGUUUAGGGUUGCACGCGACAAAAUAUGAAAAUAUAUAUUUGAUAUGUAUAUUUUUAAUUCGUUUUAUUUACGCCAUUCAUUUAAUCCAAGUUUUCUUAUUUGUCUUUGUUUUAACAUGGUCUCUUUUAGAGGUCAAAAAGAGCCCGGGCCACGCCGAGAUCGGUCUCCUUUAGGGGUUUAAUUCAAAAUUUCCCACGAGCAUCCCCACCCCUUUCAUAUGCGGAGUCCCCCUCCAGGCAUUUGUCUUGGCAACACGAAUAUUUUCGACAAGAGAGAUAAAAAAUUAAGCCCCAAUAUCAAAGUCAAACAUUUCUUCUAAAGUGCCACAGCUAAUCUAAUGCAACAUUUGAGCAAAUGAAGCUAAGUGACGGUAAAAUUGUGUUGGGCCCAUAGAGUCCAGAACCGGAUCCUCCGUAUAUAUCUUAGUUAAAAACCGGGACAGAGAUAUUCUCUUAUGAGUGCUAAAUCAUGUAAAUACACGUUAAGUUUGUGACUCGUAUCAUUUUAGCAUAAGAAACACAUAUCAUAAUACACUAUAAUUAAUUAUCAGUUGUCCAAUACAAUUCCAGAGUUUUGAUUCGCCUAACGCAAGUGCCCACAUUGAUUGGCUCCUACUUUUCACUCCAUAUAAGAUAAUCUAAGACAGUCUUGGAUAUUGGACACCAUGCUGCGGAUUCCGGACUCCAGUCGAGUACUGUAUUCCGGAUUCUUGGAACUUGGAUUCUGCAUCCCAAUAGUUAGCGGGAUUCCGGAUUCCUUGAGCCGAGGCCCAGGAUUCCAGAUUUCACAAGCAAAACUUUCCUGGAUUGGGGAGAUGCUUUAAUAGCAGCGAUGUUGUAAGAGGCAUUAGUGGACUUACGCAACAGGACGGCCAGGGAAAUUAAAGAAGAAGGCAAACCUUGUGUGACAAGCGUGACAAUAAUUUUGCUUGAAACAACUUUUCAGCAAAUUUCACUUUCUUUUAAACAGAUCCUUUUGUAAAGGACCAGAAAACAUUAGUGUUAAGUGAAGGUAACGACAAAACACGUAACUAGUAACCUUGUAGCGUUUGUCACACAAGUGUUUUGUCGUCCUCUUCUUCCUGCCGUCCUGUAGCGUAAACUCACUAUUCUACCAUGUCCAUGACCCCGUCAUUUUUGCAAACAAGUAGAGGCCAACAUUGUUUGUUUUUGUUUCUCCAGUUCACGUCCGUUUGAAGGGGUCCACCCUUUCAUAUGCCGGACGAGUGGAAAUCAGCAAAGACGGUGAGAUCUGGGGCACAAUAUGCGACAAGGGCUGGAAUCUAAAUGACGCCCGCGUUAUUUGCAAACAGCUGAGCUUUUCUAAUGAAGUCGCCGCCGUUCCUAUGGCAGGGUUUGGUGCAGGCUCGGGCGCAAUAUUUCUUAAAGAUGUUGAUUGUGAAGGCAAUGAGCGAUCACUGCUUGAGUGUGAACACGGUGGCUGGAAGAAUCAUGUCGUUGAUAGUUCGUGUGACCACAGCAUGGACGUUGGUGUCCUUUGCUCUCCACCCAAGAGAACUGGUAAAAUUUAUUGAUAUUUUGCAUCGCUUAACACAUGGUGGGGUAACGUUUGAGUGAGUGAUACCUGCAGGGGCCCGUUUCUUGAAAGUCCCGAUAACAUUUCUGGCCCGGAGAGUUGUCUUAUGUUUGCCGUGUUUUUACUCGAGAUCAAAGUUUCAAUAAUUUUGAAAAUUAUACAAUGAAACUAUAAAAAAAAAGAAGCAAAUUGACUGGUUUGUGAGGUAGGAACUGUCCUACUACUCAAAAGGUUUUCGUUGAUUUUAAAUCUUACUCUCGGGCCCGAUGGGGAAAAGUUACCGGGCCUUUCGACAAACGGACCCUAGUAGGCACAAUAAGGGUUCCACAAAAGUUAGCAUCUUCCAUCCGACCACUGAAAAAAAGGCAAGGGAUUGAAAAUGCAUUCAGAGGUUCAAGACAAUAAUAUCAUACAACGACCAAAUAAAUAACAGGCAGGUAAAUAUGCACACCUUGAAAUUUUUUUAUAGAGAGCUUAAGGAGGCACUGCACGGACGUUUAAUCAUACGAGGCCUGAUAAAAAAUACCAUAGAAAUGUAUUGACCCAAUGCAGGAGCCGAUUACUUGGCGAAAGAACGCUUUUUGAGAAUUUUGUUCAUAAGAUCGAGCAUCAGGUUCGCAUUGAGUAUCUUAACAGGCAAGCUCGAGUCGUUAGUUUCUCAGUUACUGGCGGGAGGUCGUGUGUUCAAUUCCCAGGGCCGGACCAUUACUCAGGGUCUUAAAAUAACUGAAAAAUGAACGUACUCCCUUUGCACUGCAAGCGGUGAGACCUUCGCGUGGCUCGGAUGACCAAUGGCGGUCCCAUCUCCAGUUGGAGACUUAAAAAUAGUGUUCGCAAUUAGCACUUUCAUGCUAGAUACAUUGACACUCAAAUAAUUAAAGGGCAUAAGCAAACUGUUUUCUGUUUCAGUAUUUGAACCAGUGAUCGUGAUAAUAUUCCUGGGUUGCUUGGCAGUUGUCUCUUUCCUUCUCAAUGUUUGGUUCACUUACUACAUUUGCUGCAGAGUAAAGCGGAGAAGAACAGGUCAGCUGACCACUAUUGAGCACGGGACCCUGGGUCGCAAACAUACUGGUCAGAAUGGAUUAGAAAAUUUUGCUUUGGACAUAGACACUGUUGAAAGUUGCCUUCCGUCAGCCAUUCCGGAAGUUGUUACACUCGAUGGUGUGCUUCGUGGGUGGAGCGGAAAAAAACGUAAAGAGGAUGCGCAGUCUAGUGAUGCCGCUUGCCAGCAAGAAGAAGAGCCACAUGUGUACCAGAGAGUAGAAUCGUGCAUGUUAGAUCCACCCUCCUCGGACUACCUGAAGAUUUUAGAAUCUGUGGGAGAUGGGCAGACUAAUCAGCAUCCCAUUGAAAGAUCUCGAAAAAAGUCAAAUUAUCAGUUUCUUUCGCCGCGUCUACAAGAAGCAACAAAGAAUGCUGCGACGGAGAUCAAAGGAGAUCAAGAAGAGAAGCAUUUGUAUCAAACGUUACUGUUAAGAAGUGGGUGCCCGGAUGUAACUCAGGUCUCCCCUGACAGAAAACACCCAAAUGGAGCUGGGAGUUCGAACUUACGAGAAUCAAUUCCUGAUUACGUAGAGAUCAUAAGUGAUGAGGAGUUCGAGGCAAACACCAAAAGAGAUCAGAAAAGCACACAAAUGUCACAGGAAACUGCAGCCGCUGUCGAUAGCGCAUAUGAAACAUUAAAACCACCACCAGUUUCUGUUCGAAAAGAGGAAGGCACAGAAGCAGCCUCCACCGUCUUCCAGGAGAUUGACCAAUCAGUGAAAAGAGAGGACACAGAUGAGGCGGAUUAUAUUGAGCUGUUGAAUGAGAACGAGGCUGGUGAGAAAGAAAAUGCAAUAACUAAGAGCUAA